AUGCCUGAAAAUGAAGCAGGUGUGUGUUUGGUCCGAGCAAGAUCCUCCGAUGUGGAGAUGAUUGCCAUGAAUAGUAACGAAAUUACCGAACUACCUGACGACACGACUACCCUACCCGUAGCGAAUCCACAAACGCCACAGGAAAGUCCUCGGGUGGAAGAACUGGUACCACAAAGGACGGGAAACACCUUGAACUCUGGGACCUUUGCUGUGGAUGGACUCUUGAUCCGUCAGGAAGACCACGACGCAGAAGCACCAAUUCCAGCCAUGGAUGAUGUAGUUACACAGGUCAUGAAUGCCGUAGUGACUCGUGAAAUGGGAGCAAAUGAUGAAUAUGAAGACGAAGUCGCUGACUUGAUAGACAAUCCACUGCCCUCAUCCACCGGCCGGAGAUCAAGACAAUCCUUGAGGCAAAAGACGGUUCUUGCCCUUUCACUGGAGAUGAACUUGGUAUCGGCCGUGGUGCUGAUUUUCCUCCUCGUGUUUGGCGUGAUUGUCCAACGAGGAAGCAACGACAGCACAGACAAUCAAUCGGCUCUUUCAAAUGCAAAUGUGUCAAUUCCAAUUCCUACCAUCACAACUGCAGAGGCAGGUGUGCUAGGAAGCCAGAAUCAAACCAAUGUUUUGGAUGAUCUCCCAGAUAGCACCCUUUUGGCAAUGGAACGCUCACGAUCUCCUCAAUCCAAAGCUUAUCAAUGGUUGAUCAAAAACAUGAACAAUAAAAGUUCCACUCUCCAGAAACUACCGAAAUGGAGACUCAUACAGAGAUUUGCGCUGGCAAUAUUUUACUAUUCCACAAGGGGGGAGCAUUGGGUGCACAACAAUGGAUGGUUGGACUGGGAAAUCAAUGAGUGUGAAUGGGAACAAACUCAAGUCAAAUCACAGAGGGUCACUCUAGACCCUCCCUGCAAUGACAAGGGGGAAAUCAGAGCAUUGAUAUUUCAGUGGGCCAAUAAGUUGGAAGGGACAAUACCUCCAGAAGUUGGUUUGCUGGGGAAAAGUUUAGAGUCAGUUGUCCUUACAAGACAAUUGCAACUCAAAGGAUCUCUACCGACAAAUGAAGUUGGACUGCUGACAAGGCUGACAAACUUGAAUUUGGGUGUUACAGGAAUCUCUGGGGCACUUCCGACAGAGCUUGGUCUUCUCCGACAUCUAAGCAAGUUUUCGAUUGUUACCAACCAAUUUCAUGGCUGUCUCCCCACUGAGCUUGGGAAAUUAGAAUACCUGCAACUUUUCGUGGUGGCGGAAGCGAAUUUGUCAGCAGGGUACCUCCCUAAUGAGAUCUAUCAAUUCACAAAGCUGGAGGUGCUCGCCGUUCAAGCUUCUCCUAAACUGAACACUGAAACCAUGCUCCAAGGUAUUGCUGCUAGUCGUAUGCCAAAGUUGAAAUUGCUCUCCUUACAAAACGGACCUGUUGAAGCGGAGCAACCUAUCCCGUCGGAGCUUGGUUUGCUAACUACGCUGACGAUGCUAUCUUUGAUUGAUUUGAAGUUACAUGGUACAAUUCCCAGUGAGUUUGGUUGCCUGUUACAAUUGACCAGUCUGGCGCUGCCGGGGAACUCCAUCGUUGGCAAUCUGCCACGAGUAUUUUCCAAAAUUACGAGCCUUCAGAGGCUGGACAUUUCUUCUAACAGGUUGGUGGGAACGCUGCCACCUGAUCUAUUUUCUACGCUCACACAGUUGCAAUACUUGCUGAUCAAUGACAACGACUUCGUCGGUUUGAUCCCAACAGAAAUUGGGUUCAUGUCCAGCCUAAAGCAGCUACACCUCGAGAACACCAACCUAUCGGGAACAAUUCCCUCAGAGCUGCUCGAGUUGAAGAACUUGACCAGUUUGGUAGUCACAAACACAUUCCUACUUGGAAGAGUACCUGAUGUUCUGUGUGGCAAACUAUUCCAGAUACAAGUUAAAUGCUUUGGGCAGACACCUUGCUUGCCAACCCAAGUGAAAGGCAACACGACAGGCUGCCAAGGAACAUCCCUUUGUGGUUGUGACUGUGCUCCAUGUUAA